AUGCUCCGCAAGGACGCCAUCCAGCAGGACUGCUUCCUGACCGGCCCCCCGGGCCCCCGGCGCCGCCGCCUGGUGCUGGGGUGGUGUGAGCUGCUCGGACGGGAGGUGGAGUACCUGGCCCUGUCGCGGGACACCACCGAGUCAGACCUGAAGCAGCGGCGCGAGAUCGUACGGGGCUCCCUCGAGUGGGUGGACCAGCCGCCCGUGCGGGCGGCCCGAGAGGGCCGGGUGCUGAUACUGGACGGGCUGGAGAAGGCGGAGCGGAACGUGCUGCCGACUCUCAACAACCUGCUGGAGAACCGCGAGAUGUCCCUGCAGGACGGCACGUUCCUGACGUCCCCGGAGCGCUUCGACGCCCUCCGCGGCCCGGGGGGCGCGGACGAGGCGCGGCUGGUGCGCGUGCACCAGGACUUCCGGGUGGUGGCGCUGGGCCUGCCCGUGCCCGCCUUCCCCGGCUUCCCGCUGGACCCCCCGCUGCGCUCCCGCUUCCAGGCGCGGUACAUGGCGCCCGCGCCGCUGGAGCUCCUGCUCGCCAGGCUGAAGGGCCGCUACCCCGGCGUGCCCGCGGAGGCGGUGGAGCGGCUCGCCGCCUUCUCGGCGGCGGUCGCGCAGAUGUCGCAGCCCGGGGCGGAGGCCCCCGGCCCUAGGCCCUGGCCGCUGCCAGAGGAUGCCCUGGACGCCGCGUGCCACGCCGCAGCGCGGUUCCCUGCGGGGCGCGCUGGCGACGCGUUGCACACGGUGUACCCGCACGACCUGCAGGGGCCCGAGCCGGCGAAGACGUGCAGGGACGCGCUGGUGUGCCUCGGCUUGCUGCCGGCAGCCUCGGCGCGCCCUGCAGGCUACCUGCUCGCCGGCGUGCGGCGCCUCGCGGGCGGCGCCGAGCUGGAGGUCACACUCUCGCCGUGCGCGGGGGAUGGGGCCGCCGAGGUGCGCGCGUGCGCGCCGGGCGGAGGCGCGGAGCCGUUGCUGGAGGCCCAGGCGCCGCUGGUGGACACGCCCACGCACGCGGGGCUGCUGUCCCAGGCGGUGCAGUGCGCCAUGCUGGGCCGCAGCGUGUGCCUCGUGGGCCCGGGCGGAGAGGGCAAGUCGGCGCUGGCCCGCCGCCUGGCGUGCGUGCUGGGGUACCCCGCUGCGAGGGUGCACACCCUGCACGUGUACAAGGACAUGACGUCCCGCGACCUCUUCCAGCGGCGGGGGACGGACGAGCGGGGCGACACGCACUGGGACCCGUCCCCGCUGCUGGUGGCGGCGCUCACGGGCGGCCUCUGCGUGCUGGACGGCCUGCAGAGGCUGCGGCCCGACACCACCGCCGCGCUGCAGACGCUCUGCGCCGACCGCGACGUCGACCUCCCCGACGGCACGCGGCUCUGCGAGCACCGCCGCUUCGCCGCCGCGUGCGCCCGCGCCGGCGGCGAGGGCGAGCCGCCCUCGCGCCUCGCCGUGGGGCGCGGCCGCUGGCUGAGGCCGAUCCACCCCGCGUUCCGCCUGGUGGCCCUGGCGCUGCCGCCCGGGAGGAGGCCCGCGGAGCAGUGGCUGCCGGCGGCUCGGCUGCCCUGCCUACGCCAGUGA